CAGUCAACAAUAAGUAAAUUUUAAAUUAUUGUUUAUAAUUGUUGCCUCUCAUCUCGUUUCUAUUAUAUACAAUUAGAAAAACAAUUACAAUAAAAUUGAAUUUUUAUCACAUUUAAAUGGAUAAUAUAUUUAAUAAAAUUAUCGCUGGAACUCCAGAAGAAGUACAACAAAGUUUAGAACAAUUUUAUAUUAAUUAUGGAAAUAAGUCAAAAUUUGAGGAAUUAAAUAAAGAAAAUAUACGCCUGGAUGUUUGGCAAGCAUUAUUUUGUCAUCUUUUAAAUGAUAGUUAUUCAAUAGUUCAUAGUCAAUGUUUAACAACACUUCGUAUACUCAGUCGCGAUAAAACAGACUUGGAUAAUAUUAUUACCAAAGAAAAUCUUAAUACUGUAUUAAAAAAUGCAAGCCUUUUAGAAAUAAAUAAGGAACAACCACCUCAACCAGUUAUUUUCGAGGGACAAAAAUUACUUUGUAAUCUGUUAUUUAACAGUGUAAAGGUACAAAAAAUGAUAGUAAAUACUAGAUAUUUAACAUCACUUAUUGAACGUAUCAAUAAUCCAAUUGAAUGUUUUACACAAGAAAUGCGAUUAUUUGAUGUUCGAAUUUUAUUUUUGGUAACUGCUUUAAAUAUUUCAUCGAGAAGUAUAGUUAAAAAUCAAUUUAAUGGCGAUGAAUGUCUUAUAAAAAUAUUACAAGAAAUAUCAUCUCAUUCAAGUCCAAUAAAGGAAGAUGACAUAAAUUUUGCUUGUGAAAUUUUAAAAACACUUUUUAAUUUAUAUAUUCACGUUGAAGAUCUUAAUGAUGAAAUUAAAAAUAAAUAUAAUAAUUUAGUAUCAAUUUUACGGAAAUUAAUUCUUUGUGAAUGUGAAAUGAAAAGAGAAGAACUAUACAGUAAUAUCAUUAAUUUAUUGACAGAGGUUCCACCAGAAAGUUAUUCAUAUCUCAUGGAAUCAGCAGAAAAAGAUAAUUGUACGAAUGUCUAUGAAAAUAUGGACAUGUCGGUAAUAAAAGUUUUACUCCAACUUUUAGAUAUUAAACUAGAAUAUAAAAUAGAUUUAAUAGAAAAUCUCACGCCAAUUUUGUCCUGUUUAAUCAAAUUAGCAGAAAAAGAAAGAUUAAUAAGGAAAUUUAUGCGUCUAGAGAUUUUACCACCUUUAAAAGAUGUAAUGAAAAGACCCGAGGAAGGUAAUACCAUAAAAGCAAAAUUAUGUCAACUUUUAACAUCACCAAUAACCGAAAUACGAGAUUUAGUUGCAGAAUUUUUAUUUAUCCUUUGCAAAGAAAAUGUUGAUCGAAUGAUAAAGUAUACGGGUUAUGGAAAUGCAGCAGGAAUGUUUGCAAAUAAAGGUUUGCUAGGUAAUCAGCAACCAAAGACUAAUUACUCUUCAGAAUCUGAAGACAGUGAAACUGAAGAGUAUUCAAAGUACAAAGAACAAAUUAAUCCAGUUACGGGAUGUUAUGAAAAACCAAAACCAAAUCCACUUGAAGGAAUGAGCGAAGAGCAAAAAGAAUAUGAAGUUAUGCAAUUAAUAGGACUUGUUGAUAAAUUAACAAGAGAGGGAAUAGUGCAACCUUGUCGAAUUGGUGAAGAUGGAAAACCAGUAGCUAUAGAACAUGUUCUUGAAUUACAAAAUAAUCUUUCUAAACAACAAAUAUCUUCCGAUACAUCAGACUCCGAUUAAUUUUUCAAUUUUUUUCACUUGCAUUUAUUUAUGUAUUUUAUUUACAUAUACUAUUUAUUUUUGUAAAUCCCCAACUUACUGAAAUAUAUGAGAAUUAAAAUUAAA